UUGGCUGAGAGAAAUGGCGUCUGAUAAUGGACUCGCCGCUCUGGGAGUGGAGGGAGCGUCCGCAGCAGCUCAUGCUCUUUCUCUUCCAGCAGAAUCUUAUGACAAUGAUCCGCGGGUUGAGAUGAUGUGGGCGAUGAAGGCUUAUAACCACGCUGAGGUUUACUUCAAUCUCAUUUCAUCCGUGGAUCCGGCGUUUCUGAAGCUGACGAAGCUGGACGAUACAAUCUACUCGUCCUUCAGAGAAACGUUCAAAGAUCUCGACCUCAAGCUGCUGAAAGCUGAAGACCUCAAAUCUGACGAAGCCAAAGAGACGUGGCGUCCGUUCUGUAACCAGUUUGAAGGACUCAUCGAAGAUUUCAACUACGGCACUCUGCUGCGUCUGGACUGUGAGAAGGGUUACAACGAGGAGAACACCAUCUUCGCCACCAGAGCUCAAUUCUUUGCUAUCGAGAUCGCCCGAAACAGAGAAGGCUUCAACAACGUUGUCUACAACACGUCCAAAGCUGCAAAGAGUUAACCUGAAAAUAAUUUAAAAAAUCACCUGAAGAGUCUCCGCCAGGAAAAAAACCAGGAACUGUCCGUCUCCUCCUGAGGAUGAACCUCGUCGUUUGAAUUAAAGUCAUCAUCCUCAUCAUCAUGGAGGUUUCUGGUCACCUGAUGAGCAGCGGCGUUAAACACUGUUUGGACCCUUCAGUCCCACUAAUGCAUUUUGUAUUUACUGUAAAGUUUUAAUGUGCCAAUCAUACGUUAGUUUAUUUUCUAUUAACGCUAAAAAGUUGCGUUUGUUUGUUUGCCUGGAAACGAAAAAACUGAAAAAUAAAGAGCUGCA